CCUUUAAUGGAUCUUGGUUUAAAGAAACAAAUUAACUUUGAUGAUUUGUUCCAAUUGCCCCAUGAGUUGGAUCCACUAGCUUGUCAUGAUGCAUUGACGAAGUGUUGGACUGAUGAAGAAAGAAAAUCUGCUGACCAACCAUCUCUGUUUAGAGCUAUUUAUCACACAUAUGGCUGGCCGUACCUAUGGAUAGGAAUUUUGAAGGCUAUAAAUGAUGGCCUCGGUUUUAUGGGACCUCUGUUAUUGAAUGCUCUCAUCCAUACUCUUCAACAAGAUUCAGAAAAUGGGCAAGGCUAUGGCUUUUUCUGUGCUUUUGGGUUAGGUGUUCUUUCUGUCUCAAGGGCGUUUUUGGGUGCAUGGUAUUCAUUUCUACUUUCAAAGCUUCAGCUGCAACUACGGGCAAGCAUUAUCACUAUUUUGUACCAAAAGUGCUUGUCUAUCAGUCUUUCUGAGAGAACGAUUUUCUCAACUGGAGAAAUUCAAACACUUAUGUCUGUAGAUGCUGAUCGUGCAGUUAACUUAUGUGCUAGCUUCCAUGAUCUUUGGAGUUUACCAUUGCAAAUGGGAAUUGCUUUAUUCCUUUUAUACACACAAGUCAAGUUUGCUUUCCUUGCCGGUCUUGCUGUAAUUGUCUUAUUGAUUCCAGUAAACAGAUGGAUUGCUGGAAAAAUUAGCACUGCUAAUCAGCUCAUGAUGAAACAGAAAGAUGAAAGAGUUAGAAAGGCUGGAGAACUUUUAAUUUAUAUCCGGAUUUUGAAGAUGUAUGCUUGGGAGCACUUCUUUGCUGAUCGUUUGAUGGAAACUAGAAAACAUGAAGUGAAACACCUUGCAACUCGAAAAUAUUUGGAUGCUUGGUGUGUCUACUUUUGGGCUACAACACCUACACUUUUCUCUUUGUUUACAUUCGGCCUCUAUGCAUUACUGGGUUAUUCUCUAGAUGCAGCAACGGUCUUCACAUGUAUUUCAUUGUUUAACAUACUCAUCUCUCCUUUGAAUUCUUUUCCGUGGGUUAUAAAUGGUCUUAUUGAGGCUUUUAUAUCCCUUCAACGCCUUGGAAAAUUUCUAUCUUGUACAGAACUUAACUCCCAUUGGACAAAUGAUAAUGCUAGAGAAAGUUACAGACUAGAUGCUUGUCAUUCUAAUAAUUGUGAAGAGAAUUCAGAUAGAGAUAUGGAGAAUAUGGCCCUUCUUGUCAAGAACAUGGAAUGUGUAUGGUCUAAUAGUCAACAAGAGCAUCAGAAUCCAGUUCUCAAGCAGAUAUCUUUGAAAAUUCCAAAAGGAUGGUUGACUGUUAUUAUUGGCGAGGUUGGAGCUGGUAAGUCCUCACUGCUAAAUGCUAUACUUGGAGAGAUGCGAUUCAUCAAAGGCAAUAUUUCUCGACACGGUGCUGUUGCUUAUGUUCCACAGGCUCCAUGGAUACAGUCAGGAACAGUCCGUGAUAAUAUCCUCUUUGGAAAGGAAUAUGACGAAGAUAGAUAUGCAGAAGUGCUGAAGGCAUGUGCAUUGGAUGUGGAUAUUCGCUAUAUGAAGGGAUGUGAUCUGGCAAUGAUUGGAGAGAAAGGAUUCAACUUGUCAGGGGGUCAAAGAGCACGAUUAGCUCUUGCAAGGGCUUUAUACCAAGAUUGUGACAUUUACUUGCUUGAUGACACAUUGAGUGCUGUUGAUGCACACGUUGCUGCUUGGAUUUUACAAAAUGCUAUACUAUGUCCUUUGAUGGCUCAUAAGACACGAAUUUUAUGCACUCACAAUACUCAUGCUAUUCAUAUGGCGAAUAUGGUCAUAGUCAUGGAGAAAGGCACUAUAAAGUGGGCUGGCUGUUCCACAGAAUUUCAUUCGUCAUUUAUCCCUCAGUCACAUCAUGAAAUAAGCAAUGCAACUGUUAGCAUUAUAAAUCCAAAUGGCCAGACUUUGCAAAACAAUUCAGAAGAUGAAAUCCAGCCUGUGUGUGAAAGAAAUGAAAAUAUAGACCUUUGUUCUUUGGAAGGCACUACAGAAAUUUUUGAGGAGGAAGCAAGGAAAGAAGGAAGAGUUGAAUACCAUGUGUACCGGAACUAUGCAGAAUUUGCCAGCUGGUUGAUUGUCAUUACUAUCUUUAUUGCCACAUUUCUUAUGCAGCUGUCUCGAAACGGAAAUGAUUUUUGGCUGUCACACUGGGUAGAUAUCACAUUAAAAAAUCCACAUGAUCCACAAUCAAUUUCCUUUUUACUGGGUGUGCUCACGGCUAUUGCUACCUGCAAUUCUUUCUUUACCCUAGCCAGAGCUUUCUCAUUUGCUUUUGGAGGUCUACGUGCUGCUAUCCAUGUACACAACAUUCUGUUAAAUAAAAUAAUUUAUGCACCAGUAUCAUUUUUUGAUCGCAACCCUAGGGGGCGGAUAUUGAACAGAUUUUCCUCAGAUCAGUAUACAAUUGAUGACUCUCUUCCUUUUAUUUCUAAUAUUCUGUUGGCAAAUUUCUUCAGCCUUUUGGGCAUUAUUGUUGUUCUAUGUCUAGUGCAGUGGGCAUUCCUUCUCCUCUUGUUACCACUUGGGUAUAUCUACAGCAAAUUGCAGGCCUAUUAUAGAGCUACAUCGCGUGAGCUGCGAAGAUUGGAUAGUGUGUCUCGCUCACCAAUUUAUACAUCCUUUACAGAAGCACUUGAUGGUGCCUCAACAAUUAGAGCCUUUGCAAGACAGCAAAUUUUUGCCUCUACAAAUCAUAAGCACGUCAUGUUGAAUCAACAAGCUUCUUACUCAGAACUUGCAGCAAGUGUUUGGCUCUCUAUACGUCUCCAGUUGUUGGCAGCAUUUGUCAUUUAUUUCAUUAGCAUCAUGGCUGUUAUUGGUCGCUACAAAACAUUGCCUUUUAAUUCUGGCUCAGCAGGCCUGGUAGGAUUGGCUCUAUCAUAUGCGAUUCCAAUUAUUUCACUGUUGAAUGGUCUCCUUACAAGUUUUACAGAAACUGAAAAGGAAAUGAUUUCAGUUGAGAGGGUACAGCAGUACAUGGAAGUUUGUCCCGAAGAAAUGGAGGGAAACUUAUCUGUUGAUCCAAGCUGGCCAAAUGAAGGACAUGUUGAAUUCAAUAAGGUUACCUUGAGAUAUAUGCCAUUUUUACCACCAGCUCUGCAAGCAGUAUCAUUCAGUAUACACGCAGGGGAGCAGGUUGGAAUAGCUGGAAGAACAGGUGCGGGAAAGUCUAGUAUCCUCAAUGCCUUAUUUCGCCUCACUCCAGUCUCUGAUGGAAAAAUAUUCAUUGACAAUGUGGACAUUGCAAAGGUUGCUCUCAAAGAACUCCGGUCCAGGCUGACUAUUGUCCCUCAAACUCCAUUUUUGUUUGAAGGAACAUUAAGAGAAAAUUUGGAUCCCUUCGGUAACAUUUCUGAUAAAACUAUAUGGGAUAUCCUUCAAAAGUGCCAUAUUAAGGAGGCAGUUGUAUCAAAUGGUGGGAUCUAUAGCCAUGUUACAGAAGAAGGGAAAUGCUUCUCCACUGGUCAGCGCCAAUUACUGUGUCUAGUACGUGCAUUGCUGAAGUCUUCCAAGGUGUUGUGCUUAGAUGAAUGCACUGCAAAUGUAGACCCAGAAACUACUUCAUUAAUCAAGGAUACUGUGGCAACAGAAUGCAAGGGUAUGACAGUGAUAACAAUAGCACACCGUAUUACUACCAUUUCCAACAUGGAUCGUGUUCUUAUAUUUGACCAAGGGACUAUUGUAGAAGAUGGAAAUCCACAAGCACUUCUACAAAAUGAUAGCUCCAGAUUUUCCAGCUUUGCAAAAGCUGCUUUUCAGUAAUUAGAGUAGAAUUUGGUAUUACUUUCCACUGUGGCAACAGUACUUUCAAAAUUGUGGUGAAAUUAAAUUGUCCAUGUUUGAAAGACAAUUAUUUACCUAACUAAAAGAAAAUAGAUAUCAAGAGGCUUUAUGCUAUCUAAUGCACACCUCCCCAUUUACUCAGGAAAAUCAUAAUUAUAUUUUAUAUAAAAUUGAUAAAAAGCCUUUAAUAUUCCUUAAUGUGCUGAGAGUUCAAAAACAUAAAGUCUAAUAAACAGAACUGGCCUUGAAAAUCACAGUUUUCAUGGCAAGAUUUCAUAUUUUUUAGUAAAAAACCAUGACAUGUUACGCAAAGUUUUAAUCUACUGAAGGGGUAAGCUGACCAUGA